AUGGUUCGCUAUGCUAACAAGGAUUACUUGUCUUGCCAAGACCUCCGUCUUUUUCUCGAAACUGAACAAGGCGUUCGUUUUUUUUUCUUCACAGAAAAUAGCAAUGACGUUCAGAUGGUUGGCGUGACAACAUCUAACUGCGAAAGCAUAAUUAAUCAUAAUGAACCGUGCUAUGAAGCAAGAAAUAAUAGCUUGAUGACAAUUGAUGGAUUUACAUCGUAUUUAUUUUCUGAGGAUUGUGGGAUUUUUGAUCAGAACCAUCGAGUUGUAACUAUGGAUAUGAAACAGGUUUUUGUUGAAUGAGCCACUUCUAUUCAUAAACACAGACCGACCAAUGCGACGCGUGGCUUAUAUAAAAACCUAAUGCCGCGUCCAAAGUUAAAAAACGCCCGGUGAUCACGCGGAUUUUGCUGGGAUUUCCUUUAACCUUGGACGCUUUUUUUAAACUUUGGACGUGGCAUUACGAAAUUUAGUUUUGAUGAGUUUUGUAGGAAGAAAAUGCAAAAAAUCAUGAAACACGGUCUCCCACGGCGCGAAUGAUUUCAAUGGGGCGCACUUGCAACAGGCGGGCUGUGUCGAUUUACGCGGCGGCCGAUUAAUUAAUUUUCAACGGGAGUUCGCGUUCUUUCCAUGUUUUCUGUACAAUACACCUAUUUUUUUAUUUGUACGCCUGGAACCUGGAUUCGAAUAAUUAGAGCAAGCUACGUUUUGGUAGCUACGUUUUGGUAACAGAAAUCUCACAUAUCGUUGAGAAUUAGCCGAGUUAUUUCGAUUUGAAGGUUUUGGCCUGGAUUUUGAUGUAUUUCGAAUAGUUUUCGAAAACUGCUCAAGAAAACUAACCGCCGGAAUCUGAAUUCUGUGAAGAAAGAUUCAGCGAACAUUUUUAUCGUUCGUUAGGCUCAUGAAACGCAAAAUGAGCUGAUAUAUAAGGUUACGAAAUGCGAAAAAGACGCUUAAAAACAUGAAAAACUCUAAAUUCUGUGAAGAACGGCUUCCAAUCAGUGAAAUAUUGUUUGCUAGACGUUUUUCAAGUCAAAAAGAAAGAAAUAAAACUGCAUUUUCAGACCUGCAAAUUUUCAAAAGUUACAACGACACUCCGCAAUUUACGAGCGCACUGUGUUUAGCAUUAGCGCCCUGGGAGACCAUGUGAAACUAAAUGUUUGAACUUCCAUUUUUCAAACGUUUGAUUUGAAAGAUAACCUAAUGCUAAGGAUUUUCAAAAUCCCUCCGCUGAAGAGUGCAAAUCUAGUAAUCUGACACGCAGUCUUCCAAUUCUUGUGGAAUAGUUGAAUAUGAGUAAAAUAUCACAUUUUAACUCGUAAAUGUAAGGUGUAAGCGUAAGGUGUAAGGUUUCUGCAGCUCAUUAGAUCAUACAGACACGAAUAGCGUAAUAUUUAUGAAUAUGAUAAAAAAUGGAGUUUGUUGAAAACGGAUUGAUUAUCAGCGAAAUUCGCACAAAAAUUGUGUUAUACGCGGUUGACAAUAAGACACUUUAAUAAAAAAUACCGCAAUAUAAGCCAUUCAGUAUUUGCUGAAAAUUUUCGUUCCAAGUCGCACACACCGACAAAUUUUUUUUAACGCAUUUUCAGCCAUUCUCGCACUAUUACAUCUCGAGCUCUCGAAAAACGUACCUGGUUGAAGAUCAACUGGGCCCCACUUCCCCAGAUGGAUUAACAUCGGCCUUGAAAAGAAACUGCAGGCUGAUAGAACGUUGAGAUCAACAUACAAAAUCGAAUAAAAAAGAGUUAUUUCAGUCGAUAUAUGGGAUCCGAAUGAGAGCUGUGGCGAAUGCGAACCGAUAAUUCAGAAUGGUCUACACGCGCAAAGCAAAAUUCCUAUCUCGGACGCGUUGAAAACAAUAAGAGAAAAUGGAUUCGAGAGAAGUCGAUAUCCACUAUUGUUGAAACUCUCGGUUCAUUGUUCACUAGAUUGGCAGAAAGUAGCGGCUAAGCUGAUAGUUAUGCACUUAGGCUCGAAGCUUUAUUUGCCAGAAUUUGAUACAACCGAUUGGAAAGACGAAAGCAAUAUUCCGACUCCAUGGGAUUUUCAGAAUCGAAUUAUAAUAAUCGUAAUGUUUAUAUUUAACCAUAAAAAUGAAAAACCGAGCCAAAAGAAACUUUCAAGGCGGUAAAGCAUACCGAAAAUGGAACUUACCUGAUAAUUUUCGACUCACAAUUUUGAAAAUUACUCUAGUACCUAUUUAUUUGUUCUAAUGAAGUACAAAGGAGAAAUUAAUUAAUAUGGAACUGAGUAUUCUGUGACAGUUCUAUUCCGGUCAGAUCCAUUUCAGGGCAGUUCCAUUUCGGUCAGUUCCAUUUGGGGCAGUUCCAUUGUGGCCAGCUCCAUUUCGAUCAGGUCCAUUUCGAUCAGUUCCAUUCCGGGCAAAGCUCCACUUCGGCACGAGGUGUCAUGCACGACAUCGCGCUGCAUUUGCGCUACGUUGCGAAAAACCUUGGCAAAGUGCCAGCCUAAACAUAAACGCGUUUUUGCAAUUUUGUUUAGGUUUAAAACGUCUAAAUGUCAAAAAAUGAACAAAAAAAACAAAAAAAAAAAUGCAACACGUGCACUGUUUUUUUUUCAAUUUUUUUUGCAUCGCUGAAUAACACCAUGAAUAACACACUACGGGAUUCUACACUUCAGAGUAAGAAGCUUCAACAAGAUGCUGAAACAGGAGAGGUAUCCGACGACGACGAUUUACCCACAAAUCGAAAGAAGGAAAGCAAGUAUGCAUUUUUUUUUUUGGUUUUUUGUUCUCAUCAUCAUUAUCUCAUUCAAGCCUGAAUUGAACAAAAUUUUCAGAAAACUUCUGUGCAGAGAAAUAUCUGACUUGGUUCCUGCGUUUUUCAAAUCUUCAUCAUUAAGCGACUUGCUACCGAAUUCUCCAGGAUCUCAAAGCAGUAAGAAAAAUAAUAUGGCAUUUGUUUCCAGCCGGAAGCUUCUGUUUGUGAUCACUGAACUUGACACCUGUUCACAUUUCGGUGAAUAUACUCUGGAAACUCGAUUGCAAUCUAAUUAGAAGAGUUUGCAAUCUAAUAAGAAUAAAUUGCAAUCUAAUUAGAAAACGUUGCAAUCUAAUUAGAAAAAAUUGCAGUGAUUGCAAUCUAAUUAGAAAAAAUUGCAGUGAUUGCAAUCUAAUUAGAAAAAAUUGCAGCGAUUGCAAUCUAAUUAGAAAAAAUUGCAGUGAUUGCAAUCUAAUUAGAAAAAAGGCAUUUAAUUCGGAGGGUACAAAAAUUAGGGGGUACAACAGGGCACAAAUGGUUUUGGGGUACAACUUUCAUGGUUUUGGGGUACAAAAAGUCGAGGGUACAAAAUUUUCGAUUCUGGGGUACAAAAAUUUACCGAUUCAGUAGGCAUUGAUUAAGGGGUACAACUUUUAUGAUUUAAGGGUACAAAUUUCACGAUUUUGGGGUACAAAAGUUGCACGAAGCACAUUUUCGAAGUUUUCAUUCCAGUUUUGAAUUUUUGAGAGCUCACGAUCGUCUCGAGACACAGUCGUGUGUAGCCAUGCUUUGUUUUAUGCAGUAUUUUGUGUCAUUUCGAGAAAAAAACUUUACUUGGGUAAAUUUCACACACAACAUCAGAUGCUGAAAUUCUGCUGUGAAAUUGCAGAAUUUAAAGGGGCCAAAACAGCAAAACAACUUGUAAGUAAUAUUAUAGGUACUGUUGAAAAAAAAAAGUUUCGACAUUGGAAUCGAAGCUGGCAGCGUGCCAAGGCCCGGCCUCCCAAACGCAUAUGCUGCGCGCCAUUGUUGCAACAUUGCCGCACGCUUUAUUGUUCUUCGUUUUUGUCUUUAUUUUUCGGCUAAAAAUCAGCAGAAAUUUGGUUUUUCCCAUUUUUUUACCCCUAUUUAUUCAUUUCAAUCGGCUUUUGCUAUAAAAAAUCAACUUUGAAAACAGAUUUAUCGAUUUUUAGCUUGAAUUUUCGAACAUUUCUUGAUUUUGUGUUUUUCUCCUUUCGAUUUCGGUGAAUUUGAGAAUUUUCAGGAUUUCCACCUACGGAAAAGUCGAACAAGCAACAAAAGGGCAUGGAUUUCUUAUUUUUGUGUUAGUUUUUGACGUAACAAUAAUUUUCUCUCCGAUCAACGUUUAUAGACUUCACUCCUCCGCCGUCUUCUCCACUCCGCCGUCAGCACACAACGGAAAGUUGA